GUCGAGUUGACCAAGUUAAGACUCUUCAACAGCAUCCAGGGUUGUACCAUCAUUGAGCUACUGAUGGGCGUGUACCAACAGUUCGCUGCUAGCUACAAUGAUCAAUAACGUUAGUGACCACUGUAAGAUUAAUGCCGUCGUCGGACUGCUACUUGCUAGUGUGAGCCAUAGACAUAUAAUACACAUGUGUAUUACAUGUCCACGGCGUAGACUCUGUUGAAGUUACGGGCGAAAUCAAAACCGUAAGCGAGUCUUUAUAGAGAAAAGCCCUUGGCGUAGCAUCUGAGCUAGCUAGUUAAUCUUUAAGUUACCAAUAGCUCCGACCCAGGAGACUUACACGGACAACCGUGAUUCAGCGAGAUACAAAGAAAAGACCCCGAAAGCCUCAACACCCACAACGACACAUUCAUUGAUGUUAACGUCCGUCACUUCAUGUGUGUCGCUUUCGGGUCGCCCCAGUGUUAUUAUUAACUGCCUGGUUUCCAUCCUCCAAGAUGUAUGGGAUGUCGGGAUGACAGGAAGAUGGCAAACGGGGUUGGAAAGCACAAGCUGCUUGUCAUUGGACCAACAGAGCCAUGGUCAGUGAGGGAAAAGCUGUGUUUGGCCACAUCUGUCAUGAAGAGUGGAGACCAGAACUGGGUAUCUGUCAGUCGAGCCCUCAAACCGUUUGCAGAAUCUGGGCGACCACCUGACUGGUUCUCUCAAAAGCACUGUGCAUCCAAGUACUCUGAGCUCCUGGAAACAACCGAGGCCCCAAAGCGGAAACGUGGCGAGAAAGGUGAAGUGGUGGAGACGGUGGAGGAUGUGAUAGUACGCAGGCUGACAGCUGACAGGAUCGAUGAACUCAAAAAGCUGAUUAUAGAAACACAGGAAAAGCACAGGAAGCUGAAGAGAGAGGCCGAACUCAUCCAAGCAGGACAUCUAGAUUCCAAACUAGAGGAGUUAUGGGAAGAAAUCCUGCAGAAGAAGAAACUGGAGGAAGAGGAAGCAGAGAUAAAAAGAAAAAACACAGAUGCUGCUUAUCAGGCCAGACAGGUGGCAAAGAACACGCCAAAGCGAGUGCCUGGCAUCACCAUGCAUUCGCCCUCAGGCUGUAGCUCCCCAAGCCAGGAGUUCUCACCAAGUGACCCACUUGAGUGCUUGACACUGGAUCUCGCAUCGACAAAGAAUGCUUCGGGAUCAGCCAGAUUAAUGACAAUUUCUGAGUCUUCUGGACCUGACGUCAGCCACGGGUCACUUCUGGAUGACCCCACCCAAAAGAAGCUCCAGGGCCAGAAAGCCACACCACCACCAUCUCCACUCCUGUCAGAGUUACUGAAGAAAGGCAGUAUCUUGGCCACAAAUUCCAGACUGAUUGGGGAGGGUGACGUGCCCACUGGUAAUAUGACAGGAGCACAUGACUUGCAGCUGGCUCCGCCUAGUCAACCUCUCUCUCAGGCUACAGGUGCCCCGAUGUUGUCUCGUCUCCUGGAGGCGGGUCCCACCCAGUUUUGUGCCUCAUUAGGUUUCAUGGUCAGUGCAGACUCAUCCUCCAGUGCUCCUCUCUCUGCUGCCACUCCCGUUCCUGUUGACUCUGCUGCCUCAGCAAGUACAGAGAUGGAUGUGAUGGUGCCGUCUGUGCCCCCUGGAUGCGAGCCUGUCUCUGCAGAGGAUAAGGUGUCAGAGCUCAGUGAGGAGGAUGUGACUGUGUCCUACAUGGGAGAUGAGCUGGAUCUGAAGACAGUUGGGGACAUUAUCGCCAUCAUUGAGGACAAGGCAGAUGAGACUGCAGAGGCUUUGGAUGCAGCUGCAGUUGAGGCUGCUCUGUCACUGUGUGAGGAGAACGGCCAUGCUUUGUCUGGUGCCUGGGAGGCUGGGCCUUUCCAGCCCCACGAGUCUCACCCCGCAGUGCCCACAGGGGUCCCACAGUCUUCGUCUCUUCACAGUAGCCUGGAGGGGAAGACAGAAGUGUUAGAACUUCAUAGUGGGACUUCAGCUUCACUCUCCUCUAUGUGCAACAGUCAAGAGAACUGUCUCACAGCAUUCGUGGGACUGAGGGGCCUUCCUCCCACCUCCUCAUCCUCAUGCAACUCAAAGAGUUUGGAGCACUGCCGCACUGGAGCGCCUCCACAGCCUGAGGCAAUGGGAGCGACGGUGCACCAGAAAAGCCAAAUUUCAUUGGAUGUUACCAUAAAAAGUGAGAAGCGGGCACAGCAGAGACCUGUUAAACCCCACAGAGACUCAGUGUUAGAAGAUAGCCCACUGACAGAAAGGCAUCCCAAGGGGACAAAGGCUGAGGAUGGAAUAAGUGUUGGGCGAGGACAGAAUGCCUCAGGGACUAAAGUGCACAAUGAGGUCAACGGGCCAGAAGUGUGUGGAGAAGAGGAGGGUGAGGGAUUCUUGUCAGAGCCAGAUGGGGAAAUGGAGCUAGAACCUGCGGCCAGCGAGAGCGAGGACGGAUACAGCCUCCACACGGCUUCCUCUUCUCUGCAGCUUCACACGACCGCAGACUCCAUCCCCAGCAGCCCUGCCUCAUCGCAGUUCUCUGUGUGCAGUGAAGAUCUGGAAGCUCUACAAGCUCACAAGAUCUGGAAGAAAGCCAUUAUGCUGGUGUGGCGUGCAGCGGCCAAUCACAGGUAUGCAAAUGUCUUCCUGCAGCCAGUAACAGAUGAAAUUGCACCUGGGUACCACAGUAUUGUGCACAGGCCAAUGGACCUGGCCACCAUAAAAAAGAACAUUGAGACCGGUUUGAUACGGACCACCGCUGAGUUCCAGAGGGACAUCAUGCUGAUGUUUCAGAAUGCGGUCAUGUACAACAGCCUGGAUCAUGACGUGUACCACAUGGCCCUGGAGAUGCAGCGUGACGUCCUGGAGCAGAUCCAGCAGUUUCUAGCUACCCAGCUCAUCAUGGAGACAUCAGAGUCUGGUAUCAGCGCCAAAAGCCUGAGGGGCCGUGAGAGCACACGCAAACAGGACUCUACUGACAAGGACACUGUCUCCAUGUCCUCUCCUGCCUUCCUCCUUUCUCUUUUUGAUGGCGGCACCAGAGGGCGCCGUUGUGCCAUAGAAGCCGACCUCAAGAUGAAGAAAUGAACAUGCAGUAUGAAAAUGAUCUGACAGUGUCCCUGAGUUGAAGUGAAAGGUGUGAUACCACAAGACUGAACUUAUCCUCUGUCGUUUGCACAGAGUCUCACCCUGCAUAAUGUGCAGUGUAGCUUUCACUUGCACUCUACAUUAAAUGGGUAGACUAUGAUGUGGAGAAGCUCUUAUUUCUUCUGAGACAGCCAUGCAGACAUGGAUUACAUACUGUAUAAUCCCAGAUUACAAUGGGGCAUUCAGAAAGACUAGGUCAAAGCUUUCCCAGACAUAGUUGCAGAUCAGUAAGACUUAUCCUGCUCUAAAUUACAUCAGGUUGUAAAAAUGAAGAUAAAAGUUACUGCGAGCCUACAAAUGGUCUGAAAUUAAGCCUACAGGGGACCUGGUUGAAUCUCAGAUUAGUGUGGUUGAUUUAAAGAAAUAAACCAUGUUGGUGAUCAAUAUGUAAAACCAGAGGCCAAAGAGUCCGAUUAACCUAGAAUUUCUGAAUGAUCAGGGGUACACAUACUAAUUUCAACAACAUUGUCAUUGCUGGUAUGAAAUCGGUCGAGUUUUUUUUUCCUUUUCUUUUUUCUAAUUUUAAAAACUUUGAGAUCACUUUUAAAUAUGGCUGUAUCGUUUGUGAUUGAUUUUAUCUACGCUACACUUAUUGUGAAACAGAACCUACGUGCAUACUCAUUUUCAGUAUUUUUGAGCAAACGUCAUGUCAAUGAACUGUUUUGUGGACUUAAAAUGUUUAAACAAUAAAAUGUCAGAAAGAGCCCUCAACCCACUAUGUUCAGCUUGAAUGUGCACAAAACAUUUCCACAAUACCAACACAAAACACAACAGAGCAGAAACUGUGGCAGUUAUUUGCUUACCUUCUCCUCUCAAAUCUAAAUCUGUUAAAGAGCUGUCCAAUCAAAACUGUUCAUGCAGGGGUUGUGCGC